UCUCGACCAGACAGAAAUCAGCCAAAAUGUUCAAGUUUGUGAUGAUCCUCGCCGUUGUGGGAGUGGCUACCGCCCUGGCCCCAGUUUCCCGUUCCGAGGACGCCCACGCCGAUGUCGUCUCCCGAUCGGACGAUGUCCGUGCCGAUGGAUUCGACACCAGUCUGCAGACCUCCAACGGAAUCGUGCAGGCCGCCAGCGGAGAUGUCCAUGGCAACAUCCACGGCAACUACGGAUGGAUCUCCCCCGAGGGCGAGCACGUCGACAUCAAGUACGUCGCCGAUGAGAACGGAUACCAGCCCUCGGGAGCCUGGAUCCCCACUCCUCCUCCAAUCCCAGAGGCCAUUGCCCGCGCCCUCGCCUGGCUGCAGUCCCACCCCCCAGCCCCCGAGCAUCCUCGUCAUCACUAAGGCCCGUCGCCCUGAACCCGGACCGCUCCACGGACUGU